CAAUUAUAAUCUAUUUACCCCUCUCUAAUCAAACUCCCUUCAUUCAAGCAAGCAAAUUGCCACCGCCACCCCAUUUCCUCAUUUUCUUCAGGUGCCCUUUUCCCUCCCUUUAAUGUUUCAGAUCUACAGUUAAAUUAAAAUCAUUCCUCAUUAAAGCAAGCAACCGAGACAUUAAUCCUGCCCUCUCGUUUUCUUAACGGCUAUUUUUGUAGCAGUAGAAACCAUGGAAGCUGUCGAUGCAGUGCCGGUUCACUUGAACGGGAAGGUUGCGAUCGAGGACUUCGAUCUGACAGUUGUGGAGGCGGAAAACGGAGAUAAACAAAAUGAAAGAGAGAUUGUGUUAGGGAAGAACGUGCACACUACUUGCCUCGAAGUCACGGAGCCCGAGGCUAACGAUGAAUCUACCGGAGAUAAAGAAGCUUAUAUGGCAAGCGUUUUGGCUCGCUACCGAAAGAACUUAAUGGAAAGGACUAAACAUCAUUUAGGUUAUCCUUAUAAUCUGGACUUCGACUAUGGUGCUUUGGGGCAGUUGCAACAUUUCUCCAUCAACAAUCUUGGUGACCCGUUCAUUGAGAGUAACUAUGGUGUACAUUCAAGACAAUUUGAAGUUGGUGUUCUUGACUGGUUUGCACGUCUUUGGGAGAUUGAGAAAAGUGAAUACUGGGGUUACAUCACUAAUUGUGGUACAGAAGGCAAUCUUCAUGGGAUUCUAGUUGGGAGGGAAGUGUUUCCUGAUGGAAUUCUCUAUGCAUCUCGAGAGUCGCAUUAUUCUGUCUUCAAAGCUGCUCGAAUGUAUAGAAUGGGUUGUGUGAAGGUUGAUUGUCUGGUAUCUGGCGAGAUUGACUGUGCUGAUUUUAAAGUUAAACUACUUGCUAACAAGGACAAACCAGCCAUCAUUAACGUCAAUAUAGGCACGACUGUCAAAGGAGCAGUUGAUGAUCUUGAUCUUGUGAUACAAACCCUUGAAGAAAGUGGAUUUUCACAAGAUCGAUUCUAUAUUCACUGCGAUGGAGCUUUAUUUGGACUUAUGUUGCCUUUUGUCAAACGUGCGCCGAAGGUUACUUUCAAAAAGCCCAUCGGAAGCGUUAGUGUCUCUGGCCACAAGUUUGUGGGAUGCCCUAUGCCAUGUGGCGUGCAGAUAACAAGGAUGGAGCACAUUAAUGUCCUCUCAAGCAAUGUUGAGUACCUUGCUUCAAGGGAUGCUACAAUCAUGGGAAGCCGCAAUGGUCAUGCCCCUAUCUUCCUUUGGUACACGCUCAACAGAAAAGGAUACAAAGGGUUCCAGAAAGAAGUGCAAAAGUGUCUCAGAAAUGCUUAUUACUUGAAGGACCGACUGCGUGAUGCUGGGAUUAGUGCUAUGUUGAAUGAGCUCAGCAGCACAGUUGUAUUUGAGCGGCCCAUAGAUGAGGAUUUUGUUCGCAGGUGGCAGCUAGCUUGCCAAGGGAAUAUUGCCCAUGUUGUGGUUAUGCCCAGCGUUACAAUUGAGAAGCUCGAUGAUUUCGUGAAUGAGCUAGUUGAAAAACGCUCAACUUGGUAUCAAGAUGAAAAAGCUCGGCCUCCUUGUAUUGCAGCAGAUGUAGGGAGUCAGAAUUGCUCUUGUGAUUUACACAAGUGAAGUGGUGAAGACACUAUACCCGAUUAUAUUGUUUAUCACUCGAAUAAUCAUAGAUAAUAGUCAUAGAUAAUGGAUGGGAGCCCAAAUGAGAAAUUAAGUUUUAGUUUAUGUGUGGUUUAAUUUAUUUGAAUUUUAGUUAAAGUUUAUCAAUCA